AAUUGUUAGAGAUGGCAUUGACAGUGAAAUAAGUCUACUUUCUGUCUGCUUCUCUCAGUAGUUACUUUAUUACCAGAACUCACCAUCAUUCCUCGUUUUUGUCUUCAGUUUGGAUGUGCUAGCAGUUUCUCUGGCUUUCUUUAAGCUUUUUUCUUUAAUGGCUUCCUGCAGAAAUGCAUCAAACCAGACCUUGUCCAGAUCAAAAUCAAGUCUUGAUUAGAUGUUUUUGAAGCAUUUCUGAUACGUUUUUGAGCUGCGAAAUUCUGGAGCAAGUAUUUGCGAGAAGUCCUAGAGAGAGUUUUGGAGUAGUAAAGUUCUGUUCUUUGGUGUUAAAAUGAGAGAUUUCCCAUCUUGUUUUGGUGAAAAUGGGGUUCAAGUGGCUGAUUCUUCGUCUUCAAAUACUAGUAAAAAUGCACAGAAUUUGGUUACCUGUGUGUAUCAAUGUCGAAUUCGAGGCCGAUCUUGCUUGAUCACUAUAACGUGGAGUAAGAAUUUGAUGGGUCAAGGCCUGAGUGUAGGGAUUGAUGAUUCUGCAAAUCAGUGUUUAUGCAAGGUUGAUAUUAAACCGUGGUUGUUCUCAAAAAGAAAAGGGUCUAAGUGCUUAGAAGCAUAUUCUUGUAAAAUUGACAUCUACUGGGACCUUUCAUCGGCUAAAUUUGGAUCUGGGCCUGAACCAUUUGAGGGCUUUUAUGUUGCUGUUGUUGUCGAUAGGCAAAUGGUUCUCAUUCUCGGGGAUAUGAGAAAAGAAGCUUUCAAGAAAACUGGUGCCACUCCUGUUCCUUCCAAUGCUGUUUUUGUUGCUAAGAGAGAGCAUGUCUUUGGAAAGAAAGUGUUCUGUACCAAGGCUCGGUUUUGUGACAAUGGUCAUAUCCAUGAUCUCGUGAUUGAAUGCGACACAGUUGGUGUCAGUGAUCCGUGUCUUUUGGUUCGUGUGGACUGCAAGACCGUGAUGCAGGUGAAGCGACUCCGAUGGAAGUUCCGGGGGAACCACACCAUUUUGGUUGACGGGCUAGCAAUUGAAGUGUUCUGGGAUGUACAUAGUUGGCUCUUUGGUGCAUCAGUUGGAAAUGCUGUUUUUAUGUUCAAGACCUGCACGUCAGCCGAGAAGUUAUGGUCUAGCCAACCACUUUCAGAUCCAAAUGUGUUCCCGUGGUCCUUCUCCCAGAGAUUUCUGGAUUCCAAAUCACAAAAUCUUGGUUUUUCAUUGAUUUUGUAUGCUUGGAAGCAUGAAUAGAGAGACUCAGAAAUCUUCUUUGAGUGCUAACAAAAACAUUAGUGAGUUGUGAUAUUUAUUAAUCAUGUGAUUGGUUACACUUAAUUUUAUUAAACAGAUCCAUUUGUUUUUUACUUCGCCUUUUUUUUUCAGUUGACAAUUUCAGCUAUUGAAUGGAUCAGAUAGAAUUGUGUUUUCAGUUACCUGUGCAUCCUUAAUGAUGUAUUUCUCAUAUUCAUUUUUAUGUUUCCUAUUAGAAAUCCAAUAUCAAGGAAAUAUUCAUCUUCAAUGUAGCCUUUUUUGUGGCCUGAAUUUGUGAGACCACAUGCAGCUUUUAGCAUAUCCUGCUGCAGUGACUUUUCUCGUUGAAUUCCUCAUCAUGAAUUCGUGGUAUAGAAUAUCUGAACUGUAUGUGCUUCCUUUUCCAAAAGUUGUUCCGGGCGAUGCCAAGAUUAUAUCUGGGUGACUCACCAUUAGCUGGAAUCGAUCUCCAUGUGAUGCAGGUGUCCUGUUUAUUUCAUCUAACUCGGGGAGUCAAAGUACAAGGUUAGUUUAUGUUUGGUAAGUUUGUUGUUCAUGUCAGUCGGCUUGUUUUCUACAACGCAAAGAGGACACUGUGCUACAAGGUAGGGGAGUUUUAACUCGAGUCAUGCUGUUUCUUAAUCCCUGCUUUUAAGGGUAGCGAAGCAGAACAUUGGCUAUGGAGCACUAAUGGUAUCAAACACUUUUUUUCAUGCACAGUACAGUCGUGGUGGUUGCUGUUUAAAGUUGAUCCUUUCCUGCCUGUGCUUGAGCCUUUAGUCGUGUUUGCUAGUGAAACCUCAAGUGAAACAGCGUAAAUUGAUGAUCAUACGAGUGGGUUAGUAGUUUGUACUGAAUCAAAUGCCUACUUUUGAUGACAACACAGCUUACUCAUUCUAUAUAAUUUUGCUUGGAAUUUUUAUUAUGAGCAUAGAACAUCUAAUUGCAAUCGUCAAAAGCUCAAAACUUGCGUGGGCUGGCCAGAGAAAUCCAUUGCGAAUCUUCUGAACGACUAUUCUACCUAUGGCAGUGGAUAGUGGUCGGAAAGUGACAGGGAUAAGAUUUGGGUUCCUCCACAUAGCUCGCUAGAUUGGACUCAAGCGUCUGAAGACCACUUAUCUUCUCUAACAGAUCAGCCAUGCAUCCCCCGGCACUGGGACUGGCCGCUCAUUCCCCUUCUGGGUGGACCUGUGGCUCGGCCCCCCUCCUUAGUGAACCGGCCACAUGUCUCCCAGAGCUGACUUCACAUCCCUCUACGGUGGACUAGCCAAGCAUUUCCCCAGACUGACCUUGCUUCCCUUUCAACGGACUGGUCAAAUGUCCCUCCGAACUGAAUUUGCUUCCCCCUCAAUGGAUUGGCCAAGCAUUCCCCAGACUAACUUCACAUCCCCUUCGAUGGACUGGCCAUGCACCCCGUUCAAGGCUUAUAUCCUAGGUGUUCCAACAAUUUUAAUCUUCCAAUCCAAUUCAUCAGCAUUGAAAAGGCUCAAAUCUAGUGAGGUUUUUCGGGAACCUCGUCAGAAAGGCUUACUCAGGGUAAAGGAGGGGAAAAAACUUUAGCAGGUAACUUUCAAGUUUGGCCACAGGACAGUGAGAAACACUGUCGUUGGAUGGGAGGGACUCGUAAUUUUCUUUCGGGUUUGGUUUUCUAUGAAUGCCCUGUUUGAGCAUAUGGAGUUACUGGCUUUUAACUUCUUGUGUGGAGCUUCUAUUCUUCCCAGUUUGGGGCUACUAUGAAUAUAAUUAGCUGCACCAUUCCUGUCAUCUUUUUUAUUGAAUUGCCGGCUUUUGUGUCUUUGGUUGGUUGGUAGGGCAACUGUGUUUUCGUUAUUUGCACCUUUAUUAUUAUGUUUACUGUUUCAGUGGCGCUCCAGUUCCCUUCCUUUCUCUUUCACAGCUGGUUCUUAAACACUGGGGAGACAAAAUAACAUGCGUCUCUCUCCAUCUUGCUCAACUGUCUUCUGUGCUCUUUCAUGUUUAAAGGACGAAAAACAGUUAUAAUUGCUCGUGUCAAAGACUUGCAGGAGGUUAUUGCUCUGCAGGAUUUCAGCGGAGUGUAUCAGAGCUUAAUCACUCCAACAUUCAUUCUUAUGUAUUCACCUUAGCUGGGUGAUGCAAUGGAUGUGUGGUGAUCUUUUGAAAAUUCGUUCCGUCUUGUGACAUGCUACAGCUGAUAUGCAGAAUCUGGAACGCAAUUUCAUCACAAGUUCAAGACUGCGUGUUGCCUGGAACAUCACCUAGAAGCUCAUUUUAGUCCAGUUCAGGUGACUGGCUGCAAGGCAUGCUCAUAUACUUAAUGAUUCAAACCUCUAGCUAAUCUUCAUGUCCAGUCUCAAUUUAAGUUUCUAGCUGGCAUGUUUAGACAUUGCAGGCAUGAAAGCUUGCUGUAAUUCUCUUCACUUCAUUCUUGGGGGAUUGAAAUUUUGAAAGCUCAGGUUGUAAAUUGAAAUCUUGCAUGGCGUGAUUCUUCGUUCGAUGCCUCAGUGGAUAUACAUGACAAGAGUAUAUGCUUGGUUACA